UCCCUUUCACCCUGUCAGUGACGUCACUCAGAGCCCGGACCCGGCGUACCGCUGCCAGAGGUGGUAUGAGUUUGUCCACUAAAGAGUCCUUUUUAAACACUUAGAGGAACUUUCUCAAAGGAACUCUUGUUUGGAACUUUAUCGCGGCCUCUGUGGAAGGAUGACACCACCGCCGUUAGUGUCCGUUGGAGGAAGAGGAAGAGGAAGGAGGUGAUGAUGAUGAGGAUGAUGAUGAUGACAUGCAGUUAGCUGGCUGGCUGGCUGGGUGACGGACGGACGGUCGGACUCUAGCUCCACCAGGACCAGGACCUGAUCCGAGGAGAGGUGAAGAUGCCACGAAGGAAACAAUCCAACCCUCAGCCGGUGAAAUUGGAGUCUGAGGACGGGGCAGUGACGUGUGAGCCGGGCUGCCUGGUCCUGGAGUCUGACUUUCUGCUGAGUGGAGACCUGGAGUUUGGAGAUUCUGAAAUAAUAGGGCUGGAGAGAGAAGCAGGUAUGACGGUGUUCUCUCUGAGUGUGGAGGAUGACCCUUCAGCACCAAUAGACUCCACCUUCCCAGCUUUCCUCACUUGCAAAGGAUGUGGUCAGCUUCUAGGAGACACGCCUUUGGGGGCCGGUUUAGAUCUAGGCGUGGGCUUGGACCUGGGGGCGGAGCUGUAUUGUCUUAACUGUGAGGAAGGCCUUCAGCAUGAAUCACUAUUGGACUCUUCUGAAGUUGAGGGGUUAAACAUGGCUGACAGAUCCAUCUGCGGUGCCUCGGAAAGGAAGAGGAGAAAUGUAGGUAAGAUGGGCAGAGCUGGUGACGUCUCUCCAAAACUGUACACCUGUACGCUGUGUCCCUUCACCUCGCGCUACUCCAACCACCUGAAGCGUCACAUGAGGACACAUGACGGCCAGAAGCCGUACUGCUGCCCUGUCUGCCCCUACGCCUCAGCCCAGCUCGUCAACCUGCAGCGCCACGCCCGCACCCACACGGGAGAGAAGCCCUACUGCUGCCAUCAGUGCAACUAUGCCUGCAGCUCCCUGGGAAACCUGCGGAGACACCAGCGCAUGCACACACAGGAGAGACAACAGAGGAGGGAGAAAGAGAAGAGACGAGGGAGACGGAAAAAGACAGAUGCUGAUACAGUUGAGGACUUGACCCUGAGGGUGUCCCAGGAUGCUGGAUACCUCCAGACAUACGGGGGCCUCGGCUCCCCCUCCGCCCCUCUCCCUGUCCUCCUCUUCCCCCUGUGCUGCCGGCUAUGUGGCCUCACCCUGGAGGAGGCCGACUUGGACGGGGACAAGGCAGAAGGAGAGGGAGAGGGUGACGGGGGACAGGUGUGUCGUCGCUGCUCAUUGGACCUGUUGCCCAAAGAUGGAUUGGAGCCCCCCUGCAGCCCAGCAGUGCCUUGUGGGUCCAGGCGAGGUCAGCGUGGCUCAAAGCUGUACCGCUGCCCUCUCUGCCCCUUCCUGUCCCAUUACCCCAAUCACCUGGCCCGCCAUGCCCACAUCCACUCCGAGGAGAAGCCCCACCACUGCCCGCACUGCCCCUACACGUCUUCACACCUAGACAACCUCAAACGCCACCUGCGUGUGCACACAGGCGAGAAGCCCUACCAGUGCCCAUCCUGCAGCUACGCUUGCGGCAACCUCGCCAACUUGCGGCGUCACGAGCGCAUUCACUCGGGCGCCAAGCCGUUCCACUGUGGUGUCUGCAGCUACUCCUGCAACCAGAGCAUGAACCUGAAGAGACACAUGCUGCGGCAUACGGGAGAGAAGCCGUACGCCUGCGCCGAGUGUGACUACACCACGGGACACUGGGACAACUACAAACGCCACCAGAGGAAGCACGGACACAACACAGACAGCUGGGACAAACAUGCACCCAUCAACGACCUCAGCUGGGCCACAGACCCUCAGGAGGGCCAGGAGAAGGAACACAGCUAGAUAUUGUGUGUGUGUGCGUGUGUGCAUGUGCAUGUGUGCGUGUGUGUGUGUUUUGUAUACACUGGUGAACCUUCAGCUCAGGUUUGAGAUACACUCAGGUGCCUUUAACAGACUGAAUGACUGUAACUGCACAGACUUUAUGGAGGGGCAUUAAUAACUUUUCUCCACGACUGAAUGUGAUGAACAGAAAUGUAACUUUCCUCUACAGAUAAUCUAUUUUUUAUUGUUUAUUUUUAUAACAGCAGGGUGGAUCAUCUCACGGUCUGAAGCAGAUUGGGCUGCUUUGCAGAUUUCUUCUUCUUAUUUGCCUCCUCCUUUUUUAUUUUAUUGUAUGGUUAUCAUCAGAGAUUAUUCUAAUUCCUUCUUGAGUUAUGAAGUACUUUAAUACUCUGUUUCAGUGUCUCUAUUCCAAAUGUCCUCAGACAUCUAAAAUUCAGGGAAAAGAAGAAAGCAUUCAAUCAAACAACUCUGGUUUUAUUUAAACCUGCAGUUUUCCAUCCAACCUAAAGAAACCUGGUCUUUGUUUCUGCUUUGUUUUAGUAUUUAUUCAGUAGGAUUUGUGUUUAGAUGUUCAGCUCACUGGUGAAAUUACUGGUUUAAUAUCAGAUUAUAUAGCGGUCUAUCAAGCCCAGGUUUAGAAAGCAGCUUCCCCUCAGUCAAAAUUCAAACAUCCAAACUGUGAAUUUAUCUGUUGUAGAGAUAAGAUGGAAUAAACGAAGCUGGCUGCUGUGAAUGUUGAAAAGCUUCAGUUACACAC